AUGGGUAAUCAAUCGGCGAAAUCGCGAACGAGUCGUGUGCCGCACUCGAGAUCGCAUCACAACGGAGUCCGUGUGGAGAAUGACGUCAUCCCGAGAUCGGCGUCUGCUAUUCCGUCAAUUGAAAAAUCGCCGCAUUUUUUCGAUUCGCCGCCGCCGCCGCCGUCCGACUCGCAUUCGUCGUGUCCUGCAGCGUCCGGCAAAUAUCGUACUAGUCCAAGAGACGAUUCGAAGGAGAACUCGUCAUCGCCUAGAGAUUGCCGAUCGUUGAACAGCAGCGAGCCGUUGAGUCCGAUUCAGGAGCGACUAAUUCACUCAUCUGUUGCUCGCACUUCGAGUGGUGAAGCUUCGGCUCAACAACAUCAAGCGCAUUCUCAACACGCGCACACUCAACAUCAUAAUAUGAGCGUCCAGAAGAGUAAUUCGACGAAAAGCACCAAAAGCGGCCUUCGCGCGCAAAACUCCAAGGAUAAAGCGUCGUCGAGCCACUCGAAUCCCAUCGGCGUUCCAUUCGUCCAUCAAUGCCUUCAUUUGACGUCGGCUCAAAUCAUUUUCGUGCGCAAAACGUGGUCGCACGCUCGCAAUCAGGGCUCACUUGAGCCGGCAAUCAGCAUUUUUCGCAACUCGUUCUUCAAACAUCCCGAAAUUCGCCAAAUCAUAAUGCACGGCACGAAAAACGCGGGACACGAGCGUCUCAAGAAACACGCGCAAUUAUUCACGACAUUGAUGGAUGAUCUGAUUGGCGGACUCGAUUCGCCGACGGCGACGGUUGCCGCGUUGAGAGAAGCCGGCGAGAAGCACGUGUGGCCGAAUCGAGAGCAAUACGGCUGCCCGUUCCGCGCGACAUUGUUGGACCAAUUCGCGCAGGCGAUGAUCGAACGAACGCUCGAGUGGGGCGAGAAGAAGGAUCGAACCGAAGCGACGCAGACCGGUUGGACGAAAAUCGUGUUGUUCGUCGUCGAGCAACUCAAAGAGGGCUUCCAUGAUGAGCAGAAGAGGCAGCGGCGGCAGCGACCGAGGGGACAUAUAGCGAGCCGCGGCGAGUACAAUAGUUUGACGGACGCGACAGCCGGCGUUCGUCUUCCCACCGAAAUUCAACGAUUCAACACAUUUGAUCAACUUUGA